CAGGAGCUGGGGAUGUGGGGGGCUCCCCGGAAACCCUGGCUUGGAUUCAUCCGGCCAGGCUCUGACGGUUUUCCCCAGGUCUCCCCCGGGCGUGGCCCGCCCCGGCCCGUGGCUCAGGCCCCGCGGGGUGGCGGUUGGGCCGCUGACAUCUCCCUGUGCUCAUGCCCCGCUCCCGUCGUGUUUCCCGCCAGGACCAUCAGCACGUGCCCAUCGACAUCCAGACCAGCAAGCUGCUCGACUGGUUGGUGGACAGAAGACACUGUAACCUGAAAUGGCAGAGUCUGGUGUUGACGAUCCGGGAGAAGAUCAAUGCCGCCAUCCAGGACAUGCCAGAGAGCGAAGAGAUCGCCCAGCUGCUCUCUGGAUCCUACAUUCACUAUUUCCACUGCCUAAGAAUUGUGGGUCUUCUCAAAGGCACUGAAGCCUCCACAAAAAAUAUUUUUGGCCGUUACUCUUCACAGCGAAUGAAGGAUUGGCAGGAGAUUAUAACCCUGUAUGAGAAGGACAACACUUACUUGGUGGAACUCUCCAGCCUCCUGGUUCGGAAUGUCAACUAUGAGAUCCCCUCGCUAAAGAAGCAGAUUGCCAAGUGCCAGCAGCUACAGCAGGAAUACAGCCGCAAGGAGGAGGAGGGCCAGGCGGGGGCUGCCGAGCUGCGGGAGCAGUUCUACCACUCCUGCAAGCAGUAUGGCAUCAUGGGAGACAAUGUCCAAAGAGAACUGCUCGCCCUGGUGAAGGACCUGCCUAGUCACCUGGCUGAGAUUGGGGAAGGGGCUCGGUCCCUGGGGGAAGCCAUUGAACUGUACCAGGCCUGUGUGGAGUUUGUGUGUGAAAGCCCUGUAGAGCAGGUGUUGCCAAUGCUGCGAUAUGUGCAGAAGCGGGGGAACUCUACCGUGUAUGAGUGGAGGACAGGCACAGAGCCGUCUGUGGUGGAGCGACAGCAGCUCGAACUUUCAGAAGAAGUGGAAGAAGGCGCGAUUGACUGGGGUGACUUUGGAGUAAAGGUGGCUUCUGAAGGGGUAGACUCUGGCCUCUCUGCCCAGCCGGCUGAAAUUGACUGGGGCAUUUCACUGGAAUCAGACUCAAAGGAAGCUGUGAGUGAUGAGAUCGACUGGGGAGACAAUGCUGCUGCCUUGCAGAUCACAGUGCUGGAAGCUGGAACCCAGGCUCCAGAAGGUGUCGCUAGGGGCCCAGACGCCCUGACACUUCUUGAAUACCCUGAAACCCGGAAUCAGUUCAUUGAUGAGCUCAUGGAGCUGGAGACCUUCUUGUCCCAGAGAGCAGUGGAGAUGGGUGAAGAGGCCGACAUCCUGUCAGUGAGCCAGUUCCAGAUGGCUCCAGCCAUCCUGCAGGGCCAGACCAAGGAAAAGAUGGUUACUAUGGUGUCAGUGCUACAGGACCUGAUUGGCAGGCUUACCAGUCUGCGUAUGCAACACCUGUUUAUGAUCCUGGCCUCACCAAGGUACGUGGACCGAGUGACUGAAUUCCUGCAGCAAAAACUGAAGCAGUCCCAGCUGCUGGCCUUGAAGAAGGAAGUGAUGGUGCAGAAGCAACAGGAAGCCCUGCAGGAGCAGGCGGCCCUGGAGCCUAAGCUCGACCUGCUGCUAGAGAAAACCAAGGAGCUGCAGAAGCUGAUUGAAGCUGACAUUUCCAAGAGGUACAGCGGGCGCCCUGUGAACCUGAUGGGGACCUCUCUGUGACACCCUCCUCUUUCUUCCUGUCCAUCUGGGCCUUCACAGUGGAGGGGGAGCAAUCAGGACUGAUGUUAUGGAGGCCUUUCUACCAAGAGACCAGGCUGGCUAGUGGCUAGUGGGUAGAAAGCCACGUGAAGGAACCAGCCCCCACCCAGAUGGUAACUGGUUUUGACUGUGUUCUCUGCAAGAAGCUGUCCUGAUGGUCCCUGUGACCUGUCACCUUGAAGCCAUACCUUCUGCUCUUCAUUAUCUAGUUGGAGUUAAUAAAAGAGGAGACUUUCA